ACUAAGUGGUUGCCAUAGUCAUGUGACCUAGAGGAGGUUAAACGGGUAGAGAAGCCGUCCUGCUGCUCAUAGUCGUCUGUGUUAUGAGCCCACGUUACUUUGCACUUAUAUUCUCGAGUUGAGUAUUGUAGUUUUAGAUGCUGACGCAAUGUUUUUGUGCGGUUUGCUGUGGGUUUUCGCCGUUUUGUGCAGCCCUACUUCGGCAUAUUAUGAUCCCGAUGAAGUAGCCAGUCUACCUGGAAUGUCUUUUAAACCGAACUACAGACAGUGGUCGGGGUACCUACGAGCGAGUCCUGGGAAGUAUCUUCAUUACUGGUUUGUGACAUCUCAGAAUGACCCACCGAAAGACCCAUUGGUUCUCUGGCUCAAUGGCGGGCCAGGCUGCAGCUCUCUGGAUGGCUUUCUCUCGGAAAAUGGACCUUUUCAUGUAAAUGAUGAUGGGGCCACUCUUUAUGAGAAUGAGUUUAGCUGGAAUAAAAUCGCCAACGUGCUGUACCUGGAGUCACCAGCAGGGGUGGGCUAUUCGUAUUCAGAUGACCAGCAGUAUGAGACUGAUGAUGACCAGGUGGCUGACAACAACUACCUUGCGCUUCAAAGUUUCUUCAGCAAAUUUCCCAGCUUUACCCAGAAUGAGUUCUUCAUUUUUGGGGAGAGCUACGGUGGAAUUUAUGCACCCACACUGAGUCUUAGGGUGGCAACCGGGGGAUCUUUCAAAACAAACUUUAAGGGUUUCGCUGUUGGAAAUGGCAUCACUAGCUUUGAGAUCAACGAUCAGUCUCUCAUCUACUUUGGAAACUUCCAUGGCCUAUUUGGAAAUGAAUUGUGGGCAGAUCUGUACAGCAACUGCUGUGAGAACAACAUCUGCAACUUCUACAACAACAGCAGUCCAGCGUGCUCCAUAGCGGUGUCCCAGGCCUUCAACAUCGUGUACAGCUCCGGCCUGAACGUCUACGCUCUGUAUCUGGACUGUGCCGGGGGUGCUGGCUCACGACGCCCAUUCCAUCAUGCCAUGCGGCACCACUUCAGGGCCUACAGGAAGCACUGGCAGACCAACCAGCUGGCCGCCGUGGGGGCCUCGGUGGGGGGGGGGACCGGAGAGGUGCCCCCCUGCAUCAACAGCACAGCUCAAACUAACUGGCUGAACCGCGGUGAUGUGCGGAAGGCGCUGCACAUCCCAGACAUCCUGCCUGCCUGGGACAUCUGCAGCGAUGUGGUGGGAGGCCACUACCACACGAAGUACGAGACCAUGCGGGACAUCUACCUGAAGCUUCUGGGCCUGGGACUAAGGGUGCUGGUGUACAACGGGGAUACAGAUAUGGCCUGCAACUUCCUGGGCUGCCAGUGGUUCGUGGAGGCACUCAACCAGAAGGAAACCACACCCUACCAGCAGUGGCUGUUUGAUAACCAAGUCGCUGGGUUUUACCAGCAGUUUGGCAACAUUACUUUCCUGACUGUCAAGGGGGCAGGGCACAUGGUCCCACAGUGGGCUCCGGGACCCGCCUACCACAUGUUCCAGUCAUUCCUGUCUAAUGGCUCCUAUUGAGCAGAUGUUUCCCAUUUUCUCCUGCACCAUUACAAAGGUUAUCCCUGUGAAAAUAUUAAUCUGUGAUUCUCCCUGAUUGAUGCCUUGUAUCUAUGCAAUGAGGUUUCUUGUUAAAGGUGAUCCUUAGAAUCUACUGUGUUUAUUACAUCCUUGCCAUCCUUUUUGCAAUUAUGAAAGCGGGUCAGUCAGUGAAUAAGUGGGAUUAUUUUUUUUUAAUCGCUGAAGCCAAAAAUCAAGUUCUUUUACUGUUUUAUGACAUUACAGGGAUUUGUAAAGUUCUAACACCAUGAAUUGUGAUCUACUUUAAACUGGUUAAAAGUCAUUGUCAUUAGAAAAUAUUUCUAUACAGUUUUUGCAUGGAUCGAUUCUUCCCAAAAAAAAAAAAAAAUGGAGAAUUCUGUAAUAUUCUCUGUAAAAUCAUUACACCAAAAGGUACAGCCUUAAAACAAUUGGGGUUCCUGCAGACAGUUUAAUUUGGCUGUCUCAAGAAAACUGUCAUAAAACUAUAUACACUGUGCAUGUUUAAGUCUGGUAUUCCCAAACCCAUAUCCUAGGGCAGGGCUGGCCAAUCUUAUCCAGAAAGGGCCGCUGUGUAUGCAGGUUUUUGUUGCAGUUCCUAAUUAGAUUACUACUAGAUUAUUAGAGGACUGAUGGGCUGAAGAGUCCCCACACCUGGGUUUGAACAGCUUCCCUAGAGGUUAUCCCAAAAAGCUGCAAACACACUGGCUCUUUGCAGAUAAGAUGCCCACCCCUGUCCUAGGGGGAGUAAAUCCAGGGUCCGCAUGAUCCCAAGUCACCCGUUAUUGUUUAUAAUGGCAAGUAUGGCUCUCCGGUCAAACACCAAGCUCACGAUGACAAUUGAGUCCUUUGGAUUUUUUUUUCCUGUUGGAUGACUCUGGCAAUAGUUGGGUGGGAGAAAACAGUAGUUUGACAAACUUGCAUCUCAUUAGCAGAGUGCACUUGUGAAGAAAUGAGAAAAACGCUGGCGUUACGAUGUGUAGUUUGUAUGUUGGCUUUAUCUGAUGUGACAUGACACCUGGGCGACCACUUACCCUGGAGCUUCCAACCAUGCGGUGAAAGGGAACCGUGUCAUGGGGGAAUGCUGUCAAAACUGUAGAUUUAUUAAAAAGGGACUUUUUUCUGAAUUAAGCACCAUCUUUAUACCGUGACUGAAGCUCUUGAUCGAGGGUAGGGGGUGGGCUCUCUACUUGCAAAAAAAAUAAUGUUUAAUGCAUAUGAGUCAUUUUAUUUUUUUAAAUAAAUGCUUUCUCAACCAUG